UGUCGCGCGGAGGCUCACGUGCGACUUCCGGGGCUCGUGGAGUCGGGUGAGCUCCGUCGACGGGAGAGAACUGCGUGAGACGCGAUGGGCAAAGCGGGCAAGCGGAAGGGGGCCGGUGGUGGCGCCGCGGCGAGGCGGGCUCAGGGCCUCCCCGCCGCCGCCGCCACUGCCGCCCCCUCGGUGUCGAGCAACCCCUUCGAGGUGAAGGUCAACAGGCAGAAGUUCCACAUCCUGGGCAGGAAGACGAGGCACGACGUGGGGCUGCCGGGCGUCACGCGCUCCAAGGCCCACAGGAAGCGUAUUCAGACUUUGCAGAAAGAAUACAAAGAAAAGGAAAAAUCCAAUGUCUUUAAAGACAAACGUUUUGGGGAAUAUGAUACCAAAAUAAGCCCAGAAGAAAAAAUGAUGAAGAGGUUUGCUUUGGAACAACAGAAAAAUUAUGAAAAGAAAAAUAUAUAUAAUCUCAAUGAAGAUGAAGAUUUAACCCACUAUGGCCAUUCUCUAGCAGACAUUGAAAAAUGUAAUGAUACUAUUGAUAGUGACAGUGACACUGAAGAAAGAGGAAUACUCUCAGCGGAAUUAACAGCUGCUCACUUUGGAGGUGGUGGACUUCUCUCUAAGAAAGCCAUCACAGGGAAGGAAAGCGAAGAAGAUAAAAAACCUAAGUCACGGAAGGAACUCAUUGAAGAAAUGAUAGCAAAAUCCAAACUGGAAAAGAGGGAGCGGCAAACGCAGAGGGAAAAUACAUUGGAGCUUACAGAAAAACUCAACAGUGAUUGGAAGGAGGUUCAAGCCUUUCUGUUCCACAAGACCCCAAAGUCGGAGAGACAAAAUCAAGAGGAGAAGCCCAAGCCUGAUGAAUAUGAUAUGAUAGUUCGGGAGCUUGGGUUUGAGAUGAAGGCACAACCCUCUGGUAGGAUGAAAACAGAAGAAGAAUUAGCAAAGGAAGAACAAAAGAGACUCCUCCAAUUAGAGACUGACAGAUUACGUCGAAUGUGUGGAGAUGAGCCUGAGAAAGAAAAGAAACCCAAGCACAUAUCAGCUGACGAUUUGGCAGAUGGAUUCCUCCUUGAUAAAGAUGACAGGCGUAUGCUUUCUUAUAAGGAUGGCAAGCUGAAUAUUGACGAUGAUAAAGACGAGGAAGAGAGUGUGGAGAGAGAAGACAGCAGUGGUGAUGGAGAGGAAAGUGAUGAAGAAGCUGUGACUGGUGCUGAUGAUAUUGAUAGCCCCUCUGAUGUUGAAACUGAAGAGGAGGUCAUGGAGGUAGCCACUGCUACUGGAGAGCAGAAAAGGGGAAGGAGGGAAGGAAGCAAGAAUGAAUUCCAUAUGAAGAAGCAAGAUGCCAAAAGAGAAGCUGCAAAACUGGAGGUGCCAUAUUUGUUUGCUGCUCCAGAAUCUUAUGAGCAACUUAAAGCUGAAUUGUUGGGAAGAACAACAGAAGAACAACUGCUUGUGAUUGAACGGAUUCGGAAGUCUAAUCACCCAAGCCUUGCAGUGGGAAACAAAGCAAAGUUAGAGAAACUGUUUGAAUUCCUUCUGGAGUAUGUUGGGGAGCUGGCACGUCAGACACCUCCGGAACUGAAAACUGUUGAUAAGUUGGUAAUGCCCUUGUAUGAUCUUUGUCAAAUGUUCCCUAAAGCUGCAAGUAAUCAUGUUAAACUUGUCCUUCAAGAUGCUACUCAUGACAUGGAAGAAAUUCUAGCAGUGAAAGGUCAUGCGGCAUUUCCAGGGUUAGAUAUGCUUAUAUAUUUGAAAAUUAUUGCAGUACUUUUUCCAACCUCUGAUUUCUGGCAUCCAGUGGUAACACCAUCUUUGGUUUAUAUGAGCCAGCUACUCACAAAGUGCACAGUAACAACAGUGCAAGAUGUUGUUAAAGGAUUGUUCGUGUGCUGUCUCUUCCUAGAAUAUAUAUCCUUAUCUCGAAGAUUCAUCCCAGAACUGGUCAAUUUUCUCCUGGGAGUUCUUUACAUGGCUAUACCAAACAAAGAAGUUCAAGGUUAUACCUUGGUACAUCCUUUUGCGUCACUAGGAAAACGCUCAGACUUGCUUGUUGUCACUGACAAAGAAGAUGCAGAUGCCUGGCAAAAACAACAUCUUCCACUCCAUAUUAUAACUAGAUCUAAAGACGACAGAACAGGCAUGAAUCAUCUGCGGUUAUCAUGCUUAGACCUGUGCCUGGACCUGGUUAAGAGAUGCGCAGUUACAUAUGGAUCACUUCCAUCAUUCAGUGAAAUAAUGCAGCCCAUCCAAAUGCUGCUGAGGACGCACAUGCCAAUGAUUAGGUACCCUCACCACCUGCAGGAGCUGUUUGACAGUGUUCUGAAACAGCUGGAGAGCAAAGGGCAACGUUGUCCCUUGGUGUGUGAAAAGAAAAAGCCAGUGCCUUUGAAGCUGUUCACACCCAAAAUAGUGAAAGUCCUGGAAUUUGGAAGAAAACAAGAAAGCAAUAAGAAAGAGCAGGAAAGAAAACGGCUAAUUCAUAAGCACAAACGUGAAUUUAAGGGAGCUGUUCGUGAGAUCCGCAAAGAUAACCAAUUCCUUGCUAGAAUGCAGCUUGCAGAAACCAUGGAAAGGGAUUCAGAAAGAAAAAGAAAAGUGAAACAACUCUUCAGGAGUCUUGCUCAGCAGGAAGGAGACUGGAAGGCAAUGAAAAGAAAAAAGUUUUAAAUAAACAGUUUUAUAUUGUACAGAAGGAAACUAGAGAUAUUUUA